UCAGAGAACAGGUACGAUGCGCGUUCCCCCGAUAGGGCGCGCUUCUCGGCAUAACCCUGUUCUGACUGUCUGUGCUACCUCGUCAGAUUUUCCUACCGUAGCACAGAUAGAUGGCUAAGUCUAUCUGUUGGUGCUACCCGUCUAAAACUGCUACCGUCAUGGUUACAAUCAGAAACUACAGCAGGUUGUUGUAAAAUAUAUUUUAUAACAUUGUUAGAGUGACUGAAGUGGAAGCUUAGCAGUUAUGGUUAGCUUAGCAUCGGAACAAUUUCUAUCCAUGACGAAACCACAAGAAGAUGACUUGCUUCAUCUGAAUAUCUACCCGUUUAAAAUGAAAAGCUGUAGAUUGUACAGACCAUUGAGAACCAUUGUAACAUAUGAAUCCAUUUUGUAAUGUAAAUAUUUAAGUGAAGCUACAACAGCAGGAAUUAACUUUAGUUUUGUCUAGGACUUGCAGCGGCGGCCAUGACGGCGUUAUGGUUUGUUUUUAUCGUCAGAACAGAUUUAAAGACAAACUGUGUCACGGCUCUGAUCCUCCAAUAAAACCAGCACAACCAGGAUCCGGUUACAUAUAUAAGAUUAUUAUAAAUAUUUAUACUGCUACAAGCAAGGACGUUGCCAUGGUUACUGGCAGCCUAAUUUACAUUAAGAUGAAUUUAUGGAGGCGACAGGCGGAGCAGCAGCUGUUGUGAUUUUUAAAGGACCGGUGCUCAGGUUCAUGAGGCCCAAGAUCACCUGGUUACCAUGGCAACACACACCCAGCGUUACCCAGGGUUCUGUUAAUGGUCAGACAAAACCCAGAACCAUCAGAACCAAUGAAGGUCCGUGUUCAGGACGCACAGCAGAGGGCCGCUGGGCAUGCUCAGUGGCCGCCCUCCACUGGCUCAGAACCGGUGCAUCGCUUCCUGCCUCAUUCCUCCUGCACAGAAAUCAGUCGUCUGGGUCAGAACCUUUGGACCAAUGAGGCGUCAGAAUCUUUGGACCAAUGAGGCGUCAGAACCUUUGGACCAAUGAGGCGUCAGAACCUUUGGACCAAUGAGGCGUGGAGGACGGUUGGUUAUUUUUCCUCAGCCUGCAGGAAUCAUGGCCGACAAGAAGGUGAAACUCAAUUCAACUCUUCCUGACCUCGGCUCCAUUCAGCAGCUGCUGCUCUGCACUCAGCAAGUUCUGGUUCUGGUUCAUUUGGGCCCCCAGCAGGUUCUGCUGCCUUUCAGUUUUUACUGUUUCUAUAAUGUACAAAUUUCUACAAUCUGUAGAAUCCUGCUCUGGUUUGAGCUGUCAGUUUUCACAGGAAGUGACACGUUUCACAGUUUUCAUGGAGACCAAAUGUUUCCAUGACUGGCUUCCUCUAGAUCAGUGGUGCCCAAAGUGGAUGUUUUAGUCUCUCCUGGUUUAACGCACCUGGAUCCAGAAAAGGUUCUUGUUACCAGCAGGGAGAGAAUUAAACUUGCAGGAUGCCGGCCCUCCACUUUGGGCCCCACAGCUCUAGAGCCUGAGAGGUUUUGAGUACAAGCGUUACAAGUUUUGAGAAGAAAGACAUGAAGCCCUGCUUUCAAAAUGAAAAUGAAAGCAAAAGUACUACCAGUUUUGAGAACAAAAUACAUGAAAUCCUCCUUGAGCUCCAACUGUCUGCUCGCUUAUGAAACAUGGAACUGCCUUUUUGGCAGAGUCGCCUAGCAACCUCUCAGCCAAUAGAAUGAAAGCAUUGUACUGGGUGUGUUUGUUUCCUUCUAGCGGGUGUGCCUGUGUGGCUACUAUGGAUUGUAGCGACCUGCACCGCCCACUGGAAGUUGUGAAAAUGAGGAUAGCGACAAUUAACAGAUGUGAUCUGUGGGAGCUAAUUUCACUCGGUAGCUAAGCUAACCCACAGAAGGAAGUGAGGAGAAACCUUCCAGAAGAAGGUCGUCAAACUCAGGUGAACCUCCUUAUAUAAAUCCAGAUGAGAUGUUCUUGAUGAACUCUGACGCUCCACCAGAUCUCCAUCUGACAGGGAAAGUGAGUUUCCUAAAUCUGAUGGUAUUACCACCUUGUCCAGUAUUGAGGUCAGUCUGUCGAGGAAAACUGGCCUGGUUCCUGACGUCCCACCCAGAGGGUCACCCUAACGGCCCCUAAUGGCCGCUCUUCCUCUUUGUCACGACUUGCUCUUGUUUCUGAACCAGGCUGGUUUUAGUGACUCAUCCCAGUCCCAGGGGUGUUUUACAUUUAGCUUUGGGCUAAAAACAACCUAUAAAACCUUUUCCACCUCUUUCUCUCCAGAAUCAAACAUCAUAUAUUUUUCAUCCAUCAGAACUUUGAGGAGGCGUUUGGUUACUUUGUGUGAUUCAUUUUAAAGGUGUUGAUGCUAAACAAAAAUCUCCAGCAGGGGAAUAAAGGAAUGAGCUCUGAUUAUCUUGACAUCAUCAAACUGCAGACAUGAGCAGGAAGUGGAAAUAAUUCCAAUUCAAAAAUACUUUAUUAAUCCCAAAGGGAAAUUAAAUGCAGCUCAUUAAUUCUUCACUUAUUAUAGAUAAAAAGAGAAAAAAUCUCAAUGAAAGUACAGAGUCACGCCAGCGUGCUGUCACCCUCAGCGGCGCAAACAGGAAGUGGAAAAUAAAGCAACAGGAAGUAGACUGGUCAGUCCAAUUAGCUAAGCUAACCAGCUGGUUAAUCUGUGGGACACUUUGAUGUGUCCUGUAGGGGGCGCCCUCUAGCGUUGUUCUGUAGGUUCAUCAGUUUGGAGUUUCAGUCAUUCUUCCUGAAGCUGUCUGGUACCAAACGCCACUGAACCGGUUCCGGUCCGGUCCGGUCCGGUCCGGUCCGAGCGCAGUUUGAGCUGUGGUAGGUGAAGGUGAUGGGCAGCGCCAGAAGCACGAUGCUGCUCACCACGCAGACUCCACCCAGCACCCGGCCCGCCACCGUCGUCAUGGAGAUGAUGACCCACCAGCAGGCCGCGGGGAUGCUGGCGUAGUCUGGGUUCCCGGUCUCCAGAUCCGAACCGUGCUCCAGCAGCUGGGCCAGCGCGCUUUAGAUCGCCAUGGCGACACAAACAAAGACGAGCAGCAUCACCAUCUCGCGGUAACAGCGGCGCAGCGUCAGGCCCAGAGUCUGCAGGCCCAGGAAGUGACGGGCCAGCUUCAUCACCCAGAAGAUCCGCAGCACCAAACCUUCCGCUCAGCUGUGCUGCCUGAGUUUUGGACUUUGUAUGCCUGGAUUUUUCAUUAAAAUCAUAAUUUCCGCACACCAACCUGGGUUCUCAGCGUCUGCCUCACCACUUCACACCACAACUCAUGACAGAUCUGGGUUCGCCGUCCGUCUGAGCCAGUCACUGAUAGUGGACAGACACUGGAGCAGGACAGACAGCCUGUCCAACUGCUGAGGUCUAAACAAAAACACAGUUGGACGUCCUCGGCAUAAAUGUGACAGGAGACUGAUGGCAGCCAGGAAAGGAAACCCAGUGGACUCAGAACGCAGCCUGGAGGAACCCCGGCUAAAGGGGCGGGGUCUCAGGGAGAACGUUAGACACAGGAAGUGAUGUCAGGUGUGAGAGAAGCUGAGGCAGGAACAGGAAGUAGCUGAUCUGUGGUGACAGGAAGUGAACCGAGAUGGAGGCGAAGAUGUUACUGCUGCUGCUGCUCGCCACUCUGGGUCCAGCAGCCGGCAGCCAUCAUGGCCGCCCCAUGCCAGGCUCUCCGUAUGACAUCAGCAGGAACGCCGCCGCUGUCCAGCAGGCCGUCCUCGGCGCCGCCCACUCCUUCAACAGCCAAUCAAACGACGCCUUCCUGUUCAAGCCGUCGGCCGUCGUCAGAGCGCAGCGACAGGUGGUCAGAGGGAUCCGGUACAUCGUGGACUUCCAGAUCUCCAGGACGGUUUGUCCCAAACGGAACCGGACCUCAGACCUGGACCGGUGCCGCCUCCAGCCUCCGGGCCGGCUGGCCCAGACCUUCCGGUGUCACCUGGAGCUGUGGCUGAUCCCCUGGAAGCCUGGGCGGGAAACCCUGGAGCUGCUGUGCAGAUCGCCCCAACAGGAACUGGUUCUGAUCUGAAACCAGCUCUGUUCCGGAACCAGAACCGGUUCUGAUCAGGAUCUGAUUCUGUUUAAAUGAUGAGUGAAUAAAGAGUUGCAGCAGAUCCAGA